GCAGUGUGGCUCAGAAUCUUUCUAAGCAUGGAGCGUGCGUGUGAGGAGAUGCCCGCCGAAGAUGGAAGCGAGGAGGAGGACCCUGACUCCAUGGAAUCCCCGGCCCGCAUCCGGGACACCCCGGAAGACAUCGUGCUGGAAGCGCCGGCCAGUGGGCUGGCGUUCCAUCCGGCACGCGACUUACUGGCUGCAGGGGACGUGGACGGGGACGUGUUCGUCUUUUCCUACUCUUGCCAAGAGGGAGAAACCAAGGAGCUCUGGUCAUCAGGUCACCAUCUCAAGUCCUGCCGAGCUGUGGUCUUCUCUGAAGACGGGCAGAAACUUGUUACUGUCUCCAAGGACAAAGCCAUCCACGUUCUAGAUGUGGAGCAGGGUCAACUAGAAAGACGUAUUUCCAAGGCUCAUGGUGCCCCCAUCAACAGUCUCUUGCUGGUGGAUGAGAAUGUUUUGGCCACUGGGGACGAUGCAGGUUGUGUCCGUCUCUGGGACCAGCGGAAGGAGGCCCCCUUAAUGGAUAUGCGCCAGCAUGAGGAGUACAUCGCAGACAUGGCUCUGGAUCCAGCCAAGAAGCUGCUGCUCACAGCCAGUGGGGAUGGCUGCCUUGGUGUCUUCAACAUCAAGAGACGCCGGUUCGAGCUGCUCUCAGAGCCUCAGUCUGGGGACCUGACCUCUGUCACCCUCAUGAAAUGUGGGAAGAAGGUGGCCUGUGGCUCCAGUGAAGGUACUAUCUACCUCUUCAACUGGAACGGCUUUGGGGCCACAAGUGACCGCUUUGCCCUGAGAGCUGAGUCCAUUGACUGCAUGGUUCCAGUCACAGAGAGUCUGCUAUGCACUGGCUCCACUGAUGGAGUCAUCAGGGCUGUGAACAUCUUGCCAAACCGAGUGGUGGGCAGUGUGGGCCAGCAUGCUGGGGAGCCUGUGGAAGAGCUGGCCCUUUCCCACUGUGGCCGCUUCCUGGCCAGCAGUGGCCAUGACCAGCGCCUCAAGUUUUGGGACUUGGCCCAGCUGCGAGCUGUGGUGGUGGAUGACUACCGUCGGCGCAAAAAAAAGGGAGGAUCACUACGGGCACUGAGUAGCAAAGCCUGGAGCACUGAUGACUUCUUCGCAGGACUGAAGGAAGAAGAGGACUCUGUGGCUCGGGAGGAAGAGGACAGUGAGGAUGACAGUGACUGAGGAAAUGAACUGAAUCUUAGAACAGGUCUUUACUGAACAAGAGUCUUGCUUGUUGGGCUGGACCCAGAGAAGAUAAUGAAUUUAUAAUACCCUAUUAUGCAGCAUAAGAUGAUAUACCCAGGACACUGAUGUUAGGGAGGUACUUGCCCUUAGCAGCUAUUUACUCUAGCAUGCGAGACAAACCCUAAGCUGGGGCAAGACAGCACAGACACAAGUGUAUACUAACCAGGGGUUUAAUAUAAAUACAACCAGCAUAGAAAAACUCAAAACUAUACAUAAGCCAAAACCAGAAUGCCAGUGGUAGGGACAAAGGGCAGAAUUUCUGACCCUUUGGCUCAGCUGCUCCCCCCAAAUAAAAACCAACAGAGGACAAAUUAAAAAUA